GGUACACCAAACAACGCGUGUAUAAUCCAACCAAAAGUGUUAUUUUUUCUGUUUUUAUUUUUUCGGCAGUUUUAUUCCAAAAACUGUAUUUUUGUCACCUUUCGCUUCCCCGCUUCGAUCCACUCUCUGCGCUCGCUCUCUCUCUCUCUCUCUCUCUAAAAGAUAUAUAGAUAUAGAUAUAAAUCUUCUUUGUAGACACGAAGAAGAGCGUGAAACUCUCUGGUGGGAGUUUGGGUUUGUGAAGAAGCUACCAACAGCCGUCCGAUUAAAACUAUGGAAAUCGUUGCUCUCUGUUUUUCCUAUCUGAAAAUUCCAUAAACCCUUAACCUCAUCUGUUCUUCCACGCUCUCUCUAAAAUUUCUCUCCCUCUCUCUCUCUCUUUUUCUAACCUUUUCAUCUGAAAACGGCAUUUUCCGGCCGCCUUUCUGGUCGGAAAUGGGCUGUUUUCAAUCGAAGGUAAGAAGAAAGAAACAUCCCGGACAUGAGGACCCAGUAAUGCUAGCUUCACAUACAGCUUUUAGUGUUAGUGAGGUUGAAGCACUGUUUGAACUAUACAAGAGCAUUAGUAGUUCCGUGAUUGACGAUGGGCUAAUAAACAAGGAAGAGUUUCAAUUGGCUCUAUUCAAGAACAGAAAAAAGGAGAAUCUCUUUGCAAACCGGAUAUUUGAUCUGUUUGAUGUUAAGAGAAAGGGAGUCAUUGAUUUUGGUGACUUUGUUCGAUCACUCAAUGUCUUCCACCCAAAUGCCCCACAAGAAGAAAAGAUCAAUUUUUCAUUUAAGCUUUAUGAUAUGGAUGGCACUGGGUUUAUUGAGCGACAUGAGGUCAAGCAAAUGUUGGUUGCACUUCUUUGUGAAUCUGAAAUGAAGUUGACUGAUGAGACUAUUGAGACUAUAUUAGAUAAGACAUUUACAGAUGCCGAUGUAAAUAAAGAUGGAAGGAUAGAUAAAUCUGAAUGGCAGAAUUUUGUGACCCAAAAUCCUUCAUUGUUGAAGAUCAUGACGCUUCCAUAUCUAAGGGAUAUAACGACAACAUUUCCGAGUUUUGUGUUCAAUUCUGAAGUUGAGGAGAUUGCCACAUAAUAGAAAAACAUAGCAUAGGGAUUUUAUGCCCUUAGUGUGUAUAAGCAUUUGUGUUUUCUUUCCUUUGAAAUUAAACAUUUGCAUUAGAGAGAGAGAGAGAGAGAUUAUAUUUGUGAUGGGAAGGCAAAAGCUACCUGCGCAGAUUAACAAUUUGUGGCCAAGUGUAACUAUCAGUUAUAUAUCAGUUGUGAAGUUCUUUUUGACUGGCAUUUGCUAGCCCUAUUGUGCGUGAAUAGUGAGAUUUAAUGUGAGAUGGAAUUUUAAGACACGUACAAAGCUUGGC